AUGAGUCACAAAGGUUACAAGCAAACACUCGAGGAGAGACGGAGGGGCGAAUUGUCCCUUAGUGAGUUCGCCGAGUAUGUUGAGAAGCAGCAGGCAAUCCGAUACGGCGCAGUGAACGUUGGCGGUGCCCGGGUGGCACCCAGCGACAGCGGGUACUCGACCGCCGCUCCUUCUUCUGUGGUACCUGACGAGCACCCGGAACUGGAUAUUCUCGACCAGCUAGACUUGUCCGACGCUGCUCCGCCAGUGAAACUAAAGGAUCUACUACUUGAUGACUCUUCCGAUGAAGAAGCCACGCUGCUACAACUUGCUGCCAUCGUCCAGGCUCGCGUAGAUGAGGGCCACGGAGAAACCGUCUUUGAUCUUGGACAAGAAGAUAGCGGCGAGUGGAUGCAAUUCACCAAAAACCAAUGGGAAUUCGCCUUCAAUCGCUUAAAAAAGGCAGCUCAGCACAAUCAAGCUGAUUGCUCCGUGCUGCUGUCAUACAAUGUUGGCGGCCCAGCGGAAGCCAGCACCAAAAAUGACCGUAUAAAGUGCGCCUAUGGCAAAGUCUUGAUACGACGGGCGGCAGGUACAGUGGAGGAUGUCAUUGAAACUAGGAUCGCAGUUGUUGGGAACGUCGAUGCAGGGAAAAGUACCCUCCUUGGUGUCCUGGUGAAGGGCAGGCUUGACGAUGGGCGCGGUAGGGCAAGAGUGAACCUCUUCCGUCACAAACACGAAAUCGAGAGCGGGCGCACUAGCUCUGUUGGUAUGGAGAUAAUGGGAUUCGAUGCGCAUGGUCGGAUUGUUGGGCACGGUCAGCAACGCAAACAGUCAUGGGAGGAAAUCGGGAAGCAGUCUGCCAAAGUUAUUUCCUUCACCGACCUUGCCGGGCACGAACGAUACUUACGAACCACGGUCUUUGGAAUGCUUAGCAGCAGUCCCAACUACUGCCUCCUUAUGGUAGCGGCAAAUAACGGAUUGAUCGGUAUGAGCAAAGAACAUCUAGGAAUAGCUCUCUCUCUGAAUGUUCCCGUGAUGGUUGUGAUAACCAAAAUCGACAUCUGCCCUCCUCAGAUUCUUCAACAGACGAUCACUCAGUUGACCCGAAUUCUAAAAUCCCCGGGCGCCCGCAAAAUUCCCGUUUUCAUCAAAACCCUGGAAGAGACUGUUAACACCGCAACUCAAUUUGCUAAUCAGCGCAUUUGCCCUAUUUUUCAAGUGUCUAACGUUACAGGAGAGUCACUUGACUUGGUUCGCACGUUCCUCAACAUCCUUCCCCACCAUGGCCACUACAAUCCUGACGCGCCGUUCGAGUUUCUCGUGAACGAUACCUUCUCCGUCCCGUUCGUUGGGACCGUAGUGUCCGGAGUUGUCAAGUCUGGAGUGGUCCAUGCAGGAGACACGGUUCUCAUUGGGCCUGACUCUGUUGGACAAUUUAGGCAAACAGCGAUUAAGUCGAUUGAGCGCAAACGUCUACCCGUUCAUGCUUGUGCCGCUGGUCAAAGUGGAUCAUUCGCACUCAAAGGAGUCCGGAGGAAAGAGGUUCGCAAAGGCAUGGUUGUUUUGCCCAAGCUUGAGAAGCCCCCAAAGGUCUACCGCGAAUUCGUCGCUGAAGUGUUGAUUCUUUCCCAUGCGACAACUAUCAAGCGAAAAUAUCAAGCAAUGCUUCAUGUUGGAGCGGUGAGCCAAACAUGUGCAAUUAUCGACCUUGACCGCGACUUCAUUCGUACUGGAGAUCGUGCAACUGUUGCUUUCAGAUUCAUCCAGCGGCCGGAGUUCCUGUCUGUGGGCGAUCGGAUUCUUUUCCGCGAAGGCCGCACCAAAGGCCUAGGAAUAGUCAAAGGAGUAGGCUAUGAUCCGAAGAACCCAUUGAAUCCCAACUUAAUGAAGCCUGUCGACGAAGAUGGGACAGUGAAUUAA